CUACAUUUUGCAGCUGCCAACGGCGAUGUGGGGAUAGUGAUGUGGCUGCUGAGUAGGGGGGCUAGCACGACAUCGUGCGAUAGCAACAAGUUCACACCACUACUGCUAGCCGCUAAAGCUGGGCAUGCUCGAGUUGUACGAGAACUUUGUCUACACGGGGCGCGCAAAAAUGCGGUAACGAACGGCAAGCUGACAGCGCUGCACUUCGCGGCUCGCAAUGGCCACCUGGAAGCUUGUCGCGAGCUCCUCGACCAUGGAGCCAAC